AUUUUCAAAUGACUUUUUUGUUUGUUUGUUUGUAUGUUUGUUUGUUUGUUUGUUUUUUGGGCAUUUUGCAUUCUGUUAAAUAUGAAGCUCAGAAAUGUUGUAAUGUAAUAUAAUUAUAAUUACAUAAUAAUAAUAAUAAUAAUAAUAAUAAUAACAACAACAACAAGAAUUCUGGUCUUAAUUACAUUACAAUACGUUUCAGAUAUUUAUAUUUACGCUUAAGAAAUUUCACUUUAUCAAUAAUAGUUUGCUAAUGUCUCCGCCUUCUUUCUCACGUGCUGUUACGUCACCUUCACAACAACGAAACAACAUAUUGUUUCUUAUACAUUUAUUUAUUAUCUAGGUAUUUAAUAAACGCGUACAAAAGUACACGUUAUUAAACAUUUUGAUGUCAAUUCGAAAAGAUUAAUUAAUUAACAAUAAAAUAUCAUCGACAACGACGUCGACGAUAACAACAACUACUCACGUGCAGGCUACGCCACCUAAUUCUAACCGGCUCCCUACACGAGCACUACGUAGGGUGCGAAACAACAGUUAUUUAGCGGAACCAAUUGCACUAGAUGCAUACCGCGAUGUUCUAUUUGGAAUGUGAGCACAACCUCCUGAGGGAAAACACUCGCCAAGAAACCCGGAAGCGGCGACGUUUCAUAGACAGUUUGUUCUAAUUAAACGACAAACUGUGCGUUUAGGAGAACGUAUAAUAUGCUAAAGUGGAUUUUAAUAUCGUUUAUGAUCGAAAAUAAGUUAUAAGUAUUUAAAAGAUGUUGUGUUUACGCCCCUCCCACUCACAUUAUGGGCGAGUCAGCUGACUUUUCCCAGUGUGUGACUUAAACAGAAACCGGGCGGAGAGAGGAUGCGUUUCGUUUCUCAAAGCAGGAGCACCGGAGCGGGAUUUGUUGGUUUUUAAACGUUAUUUUAGCUCACAACCUCUGCGCAGGGGAGUGAAGAGGAUGGUAAAGAGGAUAGAAAGUGAAAAGCCCUGCGUUAGUUGAUUAAUUCGCGCUGUGUGAGGUGCUGCAGCCGGUGCUGUCGGUCAUGGCUGAGUCGUUCACCCUGCUGAGGCGGCUGAGUUAUGCAGUCGGACAUUUCCUAAACGAUCUGUGCGCCUCUAUGUGGUUCACUUACCUCCUGGUUUAUUAUCACUCUGUCCUGGGCUUUCAGAACUCUUAUGCAGGUGUGUUAUUGUUAGUCGGACAGGUAGCGGAUGGAGUGUGCACCCCUCUGAUCGGAUAUGAAUCGGACAGAACCUCAGGAUGCUGCAAUUACGGCAAGAGGAAAACGUGGCAUUUAAUAGGGACGGUCAGCGUGGUGAUCUCUUUCCCCUUCAUCUUUAAUCAGUGUAUGGGCUGUAGUGAAUACACUCCACAGUGGGCCAGUCUCAUCUACUUCAUCCCCUUCAUCAUCAUCUUCCAGUUUGGUUGGGCCGCGACCCAAAUCUCCCACCUGUCCCUCAUUCCCGAGCUGGUGAAGUCCGAGUCGGCCAAGGUGGAGCUGACGGCGUACAGAUACGCUUUCACCGUGAUCGCCAACAUCACAGUGUACGGCGUGGCGUGGCUGCUGUUCCAUUUCCAGUCUAAUGAAGAUCCGUCCAUCACCGAUAACCUCGGUCCCGUCGACAUCCCCAUCUUCAGAAAUCUGAGUCUGAUCGUGUGGGCGAUCGGCAUGCUUUUCUCUCUGCUUUUCCACCUGGGCACGCGGGAGACGAAGGCCGGGGGUAACGAGGAUGAGGAGGACGGAGGUGAUGAAGGAGAAAGGAAACCUCUCCUCACCCGACUCACACCGAACUCUCCCUCUGUGUCUCUGCAGUGGCAGCACUGGCUCAAAGAGCCGUCCUUCUACCAGGUUGCAGUUCUUUAUAUGUGCACGAGGCUGAUAGUGAACCUGUCACAAACCUACAUAUCCAUGUACCUCAUUAACACACUGCUACUGCCAAAGAAGUACAUCGCUACAAUCCCCUUGGUGAUGUACGUGAGCGGAUUCGUCUCCUCCUUUAUCAUGAAGCCCUUCAACAAGCUGAUCGGGAAGAGUAUGGUCUACUUUGUGGGUCUGGUCCUGAUCAUGAUCUUCUCUUACUGGGUUCUGCUGGACACUCAUAUGGGAGACGGUGUGUAUGGAGCUGCAGUGCUGCUGGGGACGGGGUCAGCCACCAUCCUCGUCAUGUCUCUGUCCAUGACCGCCGAUCUCAUCGCCGAUCAAACCCAAAGUGGAGCGUUCGUUUACGGCGCGAUGAGCUUCACUGACAAAGUCGCAAACGGAGUGGGAGUUAUAAUCAUCCAGGGUCUGCACCCAUGCCAUACUCAGGCGUGUUGUCCUGCGUGUGUGUGGUAUUAUCACUACGUGAUGGUGAUCGUUACGGGCGGAGUCGCCGUCGUAGCAGCACUCAGUCUCUGCUCCAUUCUCAUCUGGCCAAUCAGGAUCAGCCGUCUGUCGGUGGAGCAGCAGGUAAACGGCUCUGCUAACCGUCUCCCCGAUGGUCUCGGGGUGAUACCCGGUCUGAUGUCAGAUGGAGAAGAUUCAGAAGGCAGCAGCGAGCCAACACUGAUUAACUGAAUUAUUCCCAAACAUGCCUGUAAAUCUGCACAAACUCUAUUACUGUGAGCCACCACUGACAUUUAUAUUCAUAUUUAUCCAGUUAUUUAUGGAUAAAUCCCGUGCGUGUGUGUGUGUGUGUGUGUGUAUAUGUGUUUGGACCGUUCUCAUGUGUGUAGCUGAAACCCCUGUACAGUCCGUAGGUCACACUUCCGGGAAUGACCGCCGGCGUGUAAUCCGACUUCCUCUAAUAGCGAUGGCCGAGUCCAGAAGCAGGUCUAGAGGCAGGUGUGCCUCUAGUGCAGUAAUUCAAAACCAAAACAUACCAUGUUUAAGCUUUCACGGUUUUCCAUCCAGUGGAAAUCGGAGGAAGAGGCGGGUCUGUGCCGUGAGGAGAGAAGAAGGAUCGAUGUUCUCGAACUACAAAACAACGUUAAAGUCAACACGAAAUCACAAUUGAUCCAAUUGAUUAGACCUCUUCAACGAAGAAUUUAUGACCCUCCCUCAGCCAUGACUCUGUAGCGGAGGAGUGCCGCACAGCAGUUCCGCUAACGUCCUGCAGUCUGAUUUGCGGCAGGCUGCAGAGAGAGGCAGGGAAGUAUCUGUCCGUUUUAUCCUCAGACUAGAAAUCGCGUUAACCGUAACUGGACGUAGGUUUACACGGUGAUUCUUGUGAAAUUGGCCUAUCGUCGUCAUCGUGACUAACAGCACUACCCCAACUGCUGCAGGAAUGUUUAUACUUUAUGACACUUGUAUUAUUGUUUAUUACAAUUGUUUUUAUUCAGCAGCUGGGUUUCACAAAAAUCCAUAGACUAGAUACACUACGGUGUGUGUGUGUGUGUGUGUGUGUUACCCAUAAUGCUCUGUGUGAGUGUGUGUGUGAGUGAAUCCAUUUUGAAGGCAUUCGGACACUAUUCAUUUACAAAGGGACCAGCGAUAUAAAUGCAUUUUAUUAUUAUUUUUAAAAAUUUUUAUUAUUAUUAUGUUUAUUAUAUUAUGAUCUAUAGGAAAGCGGCAGUUGUUCUGAAACAUGCAGUCCGUCAGCCGCGACAUGUUUGCUGUCUCAUUUACUUUUUCUUUGUUUAUACAUUCGAAACAAAUGAGAUGGUGAAGAUGAUCUCGUUUCAGUUUUUUCACCUCAGAC